GCCCCCGGCCCGGCCCGGCCCGGCCCGGCCCGCACCGCCGCGAUGGCCACCACGGUCAUCUGCACCCGCUUCACGGACGAGUACCAGCUCUACGAGGACAUCGGCAAGGGGGCUUUCUCGGUUGUGCGACGUUGUGUCAAACUUUGUACUGGACACGAAUAUGCAGCCAAGAUCAUCAACACCAAGAAGCUCUCUGCAAGAGAUCACCAGAAGCUGGAGCGAGAGGCUCGCAUCUGCCGCCUCCUGAAACAUUCCAACAUCGUGCGUCUCCACGACAGCAUCUCGGAGGAAGGCUUCCACUACCUCGUCUUCGAUCUGGUGACCGGCGGGGAGCUCUUUGAGGACAUCGUGGCCCGGGAAUACUACAGCGAAGCCGACGCCAGUCAUUGCAUCCAGCAGAUCCUGGAGGCCGUUCUCCAUUGUCACCAAAUGGGGGUCGUCCACAGAGACCUCAAGCCGGAGAAUCUUCUCCUGGCCAGCAAGUGUAAGGGGGCUGCGGUGAAGCUGGCGGAUUUCGGGUUGGCUAUCGAGGUGCAGGGGGACCAGCAGGCUUGGUUCGGAUUCGCCGGGACCCCGGGCUACCUGUCCCCUGAGGUUCUACGGAAAGAAGCCUAUGGAAAGCCGGUGGACAUCUGGGCCUGUGGGGUCAUCUUGUACAUCCUCCUGGUGGGCUAUCCACCAUUCUGGGAUGAAGACCAGCACAAGCUGUACCAGCAGAUCAAGGCCGGCGCCUAUGACUUCCCGUCCCCGGAGUGGGACACAGUCACACCGGAAGCCAAAAACCUCAUCAACCAGAUGUUGACCAUCAACCCGGCCAAACGAAUCACAGCCCACGAGGCCCUGAAACACCCAUGGGUCUGCCAACGCUCCACGGUGGCAUCCAUGAUGCACAGACAGGAGACUGUGGAGUGCCUGAAGAAGUUCAAUGCCCGGAGAAAGCUCAAGGGCGCCAUCCUCACCACGAUGCUGGCCACAAGGAACUUCUCAGUGGGCCGGCAGACCACCGCUCCAGCCACAAUGUCGGCCGCAGCUUCCAGUCCCACCAUGGGGCUGGUGGAACAAGCCAAGAGUCUGCUGAACAAGAAAGCCGAUGGGGUCAAGCCUCAGACAAACAGCACCAAGAACAGUGGUGGUGCCACCAGCCCUAAAGGAAGCCUCCCUCCAGCUGCCCUGGAGCCUCAAACCACUGUUAUCCACAAUCCGGUGGACGGGAUUAAGGAGUCGUCAGACAGCACCACCACCACCAUAGAGGAUGAAGACACAAAAGCCGCCAGGAUCUCUGACCUCCUGAGCACGGUGAGGAGGGGCUCGGGGCCACCAGACGCCGAGGGGCCCCAGCCCGCUGCCCCACAGCCGUGCCCUUCUCCAUCCUUCUUAAACUCCCUGUCUGGCGCGCCCGCCCGGAUCUCUGACCUCCUGAGCACGGUGAGGAGGGGCUCGGGGCCACCAGACGCUGAGGGGCCCCAGCCCGCUGCUUCACAGCCGUGCGGCCCGUCUCCGUCCUUCCUAAACUCCCUGUCCGGCGCGCCCGCUCGGAUCUCUGAUCUCCUGAGCACGGUGAGGAGGGGCUCGGGGCCGCCAGACGCCGAGGGGCCCCAGCCCGCUGCCCCCCAGCCGUGCGGCCCAUCUCCGUCCUUCCUAAACUCUCUGUCUGGCCCGUCCCGCAAGCAGGAGAUCAUCAAGAUCACGGAGCAGUUGAUCGAGGCGGUCAACAACGGAGACUUCGAGGCCUAUGCGAAAAUCUGUGACCCAGGCCUCACCUCAUUUGAGCCCGAAGCCCUGGGCAACCUGGUUGAAGGGAUGGACUUCCACAGGUUCUACUUUGAGAACUUGCUAGCCAAGAACAGCAAGCCCAUCCACACCACCAUCCUGAACCCCCACGUGCACGUCAUCGGCGACGAUGCCGCCUGCAUCGCAUACAUCCGCCUGACCCAGUACGUCGACGGGCAGGGCCGCCCACGCACCGGCCAGUCGGAGGAGACCCGCGUCUGGCACCGCCGCGACGGCAAGUGGCAGAACGUCCACUUCCACUGCUCAGGCGCGCCCGUGGCCCCGCUGCAGUGAAGAGCCAGUCCUGGCAGUUGUGGUUUCAUCCUGACGGAGACGGUGAUUGGAGCGGAGCCGCUGCCGCUCGCCGGGUGGCAGGGCCCCGCCUUGUCGCAUGCUCGUGUCUGCCUCGCCCCUUCCUCUUCCUCCCCUCCCUAGCGCCUGUGUCUACCGAAAACAAGACCAGACAGGAUUUCUUCUUUUUUUAAAAAAAAAACACAAAAAAACACAUCAACAAAACAACCCCAAAACAACGCGAUGAAAACCAAGAAGUCAACGAACAAAAAGCUCAAACAACAACAGCAGCAACGACAACGGAUCAUUGGCGUUUGUGGGGCUUUGAAACUUACCAACCCACCCUCUCCUUCCCCCCACCCCUCCAGUCUGCAGCUCCGCGUGUGUGUGUCCGUCUGCCCGUCCGUCGGCCGUCUCCGGGUGACCAGGUGUUGCAAUGAAAACGUCUGCAAGGCUCCACCGCCCUCUGUUCGCCCUCCCUUGUUGAACAGUGUUAGUUUGUUAGAUGAAAAAAAAAAGAGCAACAAAACCCACAAAAAUCCCAUAAAAAAGAAAGGCAUUUUGCAUCCUUUGCUGAGCAUGGGCCUUUGCCACCGGCGUGUGCUUGCACGUGGCUGCUGUGAGCUGUUCCUGUUCCUCUGCUGGGGGUCACGGGGUCCCACCCCUCUUUCCGGUCAUCACCCUUUCUUCCGUCGCCUCAGAUUCCUCGGGAACACCCCUUGGGGGAGGGGACCGCUCCGUAGGGCGCCAUAGGGCCUCGGGUCCUACUUCCCAACAGGCGGGCCGGGCUCCUGGGAAUCCACAGCUCAGACAUCCCCCGCUCUCCCUAGCCCCGGGAGCCGAGGGGUGAGAACUGAGGCUCCCCCCCCCCCCCGAGUCCCUUCUUCCCGUGGAAAGGCCCAGAGCGGCGACGGCCAGGGUGGAACAGAGUUGGUGGGUGGAGGUAGGUUCUGGGCUGCUGGAGCUGGGGGAGGUUGGAGGCGUGGUCCUCACCCUGAUGUGAGGGCCUGACAAGGGUGGCGCUGGAGAUUUGGAAUGAAACAUGCCCCUCCACCCUCCCAAUUUUUAAAUUCCCACAGUCAACUCGAAGGAGGGAGGGCUGGCCCGGCCUGGGCUGAGAGCUGAUCCCUGCUUCGCUUCCCGGAGGCUCAGAAGGCAGGAAGCAAGGACUCCGUGUCCCUUUCACCUGUCCCCCCCAGUCUUGGAGGCAUCUGCCCAGCUCUUCUCCAGGGAAACAGGACAGAGAGGGGCAGAUGGAGACAAAGGUGGUGGGGGUGGGGUACUGGAGUCUGGAGGCGCACUAGAAGGGAAGAAACUCUCCUCCUCCUCGGAGGUGUGGUUUGUCAUCCCAUAGACCCAGGUAAGGUCUCUGGAGCUGAGGAGCACAGGGGCCUGUGAGAGGCCCUGGCAGGGCCGGUGUUGGCAGCAGUAAUGCUCGUGGUGUGGUGAUGGUGGUCUCCAAGCCGAUCCCCUUCCCAGUCCUCCACUAACCUUUUUUUCACCCUCCAUUGCUCUGACCUACCCUGGCACCACAAACUUCACCGCCCCUCCCAGCCCCCUCCCCCCCCCCCAUGAAGAGAGCCCUCAGCUAGGCUUUUGGGGCCCACCCGCAGCCAGAGGUGACUCCAACUAGCAGGCCAGAGUGGCCAGGGGAUACAGACCAAGACCUGGCCAGGGCAGGGCUGCUGGGGCACCCCAACCCAGAGAGGUUUGAGCUUCGUGGGGCCAGACUGGCCAGGACAUGUGGACUGAGCCUCCACCCCGACCUGGGUGGGGCCGCAGGGGAGCUUCGGUCCGCAGGGGCUUGAGCGUCAUGUUUCCGGGCAGGCUGAGUGAUUCCCCGAUGAUUCCCCUGGAUCUUCCAACCGGGAGCUGCUCCAGCCUCAGCUAUGCCAGCCGCACAGGUCCACUUGAGUGACUGCUUGUAAGAGAGCAGGGGCUAGCACACAGCCCGAACCCAGUCUAUUGAGUAGGCGCCGGACAAGGAACUGGCCAUUAGCCCGAAGGACAGCAGGAUACCACUCCAGACGGCUCCCAAGCCACCGGCGGUCCCAGCAAGGGCACGCUGUGAGAGGUGGGAGGGCCACACUGUACCCAGCGUUCACCUGGCAUCCACCCAGCGCCCGAGAGGCUGAGGAGUUAGGGCUCCAUCAGAGUCACUUUUCCCUGUGGGCAAUGAGCAGUCAGACACCACCACAAUGUCCAGCUCGUUCAUGGGAAGAUCACGGCAUCCACCCUUCUGUCCAGCCAGAGCUCUGGACCUUCAUCAGCUGGAUCACAUCUCUUCACCCGCAGUGGCACUGAUUGAGCCCCUUCUGGGGUAUGAGGCACUGUUCUGAGAGGUUGGAAGAGAGCAACAGAAGGCAUUCACUCUGCUCUCUGGAAGCUUCCACUAUAACGGAGCAGUGUGGUCGUCGUGGAAUGAAAUGUCCGCUCUUUUUUCGGGUGCCCUGAGCCACUUCGAGCCGCAAGUGACAUUUAUAGUCAGGGAUGGACAUAGCCAGUCGCCCAGACUUGAGUCUCGAUGAUCGUGACCUGCGUUUGCAGCCCGGGGGCACGGGAGGAGAGUGGGUGUCAGGAGGAGAGGGGUUGGGAGUGACAGAAGAGGCGUUUUGAAGCUGUACCCUUAAGGGUCAGCAGUGGAUUGUUUAAUGGCGACAGUGGUGGAUAGGACAGCCUGGGGAGUGGACAGGGAAGCUGGGGCUAUUUGAUAGCAGGCAGGCUGGUGGAUGGCUAGGAGCCUAAGCCAUAGAAUUGGUGGCAGCCAAGUAGCUCAGUCGGUGGUCUUCUCCACCCAUGGGGUGGGGAAGGGGCUCCAGGGCAGCCACUCUCAUAGUCAGUGAUGAACAUCCAACACCCCUCAUCCAGCACCCCUCACUCUCGACCCCCUGACCCUCACAGAUCAUCCAACACCCCUGACCUUCCCCUCUGUAUCUCACUCCCCUGUUUUCCCCUCUCCAUCCCACACUGUCCUUGAAUGAGCCAGCCCCAUACCAUCCAACACCUCUAACUCUCCCCUCUUCAUCCCUGACUUUCCCCCAGGGACCCAACACAGACCACCCAGCGCCUUUGACUCUCCCUUCUCCCUCCCUGACUCACCCCCUAGUAACUAGCGUGGACCAUCCCAUACCCUGACUCUUCCCUCUCUGGACCUGACAUGACCCCUACGACUGGACACGUUCCUCUCGUCUGUGGAUUGAGUUGAACUUUUCAGCUACACACCUCAUUGUGGGAGCAAAUUCCCUGUGUUCACCCCCACGCUGAGUGAUGAAUUGCUUGUUUUCUUCUGUUCCAAAUCUGCCUCUUUCAAACCUCAGUGGUUCCCCUCAUCUUGCUGAGGUAAAAUCUGGGGAACAAUUCCAUGUAAGCCCUGCCCACACUCUCAUGGAUUUUUAAUGCCAGAGUGUGUUACAGGUGUACAGGGAGGUGGGUGCUUGCUCACCUUCAGUGGGGCUGGGAGCCUCAGUUGAGCCAGAAGAUCACUUCUUACUUCUUCUCUGUGCCAUCUGCGUUGCCAACCAACGCUCCUGGAGUCCGUCCUCAAGAGGAGGCUGGAGAGAGUCCGGGGACCGGACGGUCCCAUUACCAGUGUCGGGUCCUCAGCAGGCUUAACAGCAUAGGCCAUGUAGGAGGGUCCGCUGCCCUGCGGCUACCACCAAGGGAGUGGCCAGUGGAGGACCCUGCCCAGCAUUUCUGGGAGCAACCUUGGCAGAAGUGUGGGGCUGGCAGGGGCGGUCAGCCAAUCAGUGUGGAACUGGAUGGCAAAGCAGGCAGCCCAGUCACCAUCAGUGGCACCAGGCUCCCUGUACUAGAGUACUGCCACUUUGUGGAGGGAGAGGCCAGCUGGGGGCACACUGCCCUCACCUGCUCUUUUGGUCCUUCCCACACCCGCUACCCAGCCAACAUGUCCAUGGACUGAGGGCCAGGAUAUGGACUGUUGACAUUAGUUACUCAGCCCAGUGUCCCUCCCACCCUGAGGUCUAGAGUGGCCCAGAUCUGGGUGUUAUGGAGAGCUGGCUGGGCAUAGAGUUGACCAGUGGUGUCUAGAGGGAAGGGGCUGAGAGGGGCCCCAGGGAACUGGGGGAUGUGAAGAGAAUCCAGGCCGAAGGAGUGUGGCAGGUGAACAUCAUGGUUUAUCGGUACUCUUGGAGGUGGAGUUGCGGGGUGAAGAGGUCAGGGGUGAAUGGAGAGAAACACCAACAGAGGGGAGACAGGCAGACGGUGCAGAAGUGGUGAAUGGAUGGACAAGAAGGUGGAUGGACUUGUGAAUAGAUGGAUGGAUUGGUGGGCGGGUGGACAUUGACCCAGUGUCCCUGUCCCCAGUGAGCGGGGGAGAUGGCUCAUGGUCCCAUGGGACUUGUAAGCAGGGAACUUCCCAUUCCUGAGAUUGAAGGCCCUUAUCUGUGCCCCCUACACCAGGACUCAGGCUGCAGGCCUCCCCGCUCAGGACUCCAUCGUCGUCGGGUGUCGGAAUACUUGGGGGAGCCGAGUGCUGGCUCCUUCGUGGCUAGGCUUGUGCCUUCCAAUUGCCUAUUUUGCUCAGAGUUCUGGGUCUUUUUCUAUUCAGGGAAGAGACGCAGCUAGAGGGGCCGGGGCCGAGAUGAGGUCUCUGGCUGAGUGGGGUCUGGGGCCGAGAUGGAGUCUAGGACAGAGAUGGUGUUCUGACUAGCUGUGGUUGUGCUAAGAAGCGGCUACUGUAAAGAUUCCCUCUGGGGGUGGGAGAGUUAAGGGCUGGGAGCAGAGCAGUCCGGGAAGCAGGGCAAAGGGCCCCUCGCCCCCUGAUGCUGGGUGAGUUCUGAAAAGACCCCCUUCUGACAGCCCCAAGAGGAAGGGCAGCAGCAGCCCCUGCUUCUGAUGGCGGGCAACCCCAAUUUAAAUUUUCAUUCUAAACCGAGAUCUCUUCUCCCAGUCUCCCCCAAAGCAACUGGACUGAGGGAGGUGAGGGGGAGAAAGACCUAGGGCCAGCGGGGGUGGGAGGACCAGACCCAGGAAGGGACGGGCUCGCCAAGCCUCAGGAGAAGGGGGAUGCUGGAAAAUCGAAAGGAGGUUUGUUGUUAGGAGGCUUUUUUUUUGUUUGGUACUCUCCCAUGUGCUUAAUAGAGUGCUCUGCACGAGGUAAGCGCAUAAUAAAUACCACUGAACGAUCAAUUGAUUAAUUGCAAGGCUCUGGGGGAGGGGGAGAGGAGCCUGAGAAUUGCUUCCUGGGACUCUGCCUUCCCAGGGCAUUUCGGGUCCGAGAAUAAGGGUGCCGUUGGGCCCCAGCAGUGAAAGGGUGGGUGAUGCAGCACCCAACAGUGCCAUGCCCCCUUCUCCCCCUCCCCAAACUCUCUUUCCCUUCCUUUGCUGUUUUUCCGAUUUCCCAUGGAGCCCGGGGUGGGGGGUGGGAUUUGGGGACUUUCCAGGGAAUCCUUUUUCUUUUUUUUCUUUUUUUUUGUUUUUUGCAUGCCCUCUACAGAGGACAACCUUCCAAACGGGUCGUGAGCGAGCUGGGUGAGGUCCACCUAGCCCUGGAGCUCCCCCCCGGAAAGAGAACGCUGCCCCAUGAACCCUGGGGAGGGGGGGAGGGGGGGUUCCUUCCUCUUUUCUGACUUCCUCCUCUCUCUUUCUUUGCGCUGAGUUUCACUGUCUUUUCUUUCUGAGCCUUGUAAGUGUAAAGAUGAUUCUUAUUUUGUUCUGCCUCGGGAAACUGCAAAUAAAAAACAAAAAUGGGAAAAAACUGCUUUAA